UGUCGCUGAAAAUGCCGGUAUCCCUAGAUCGGUGGCUUUGAAAUCGCGUUUUUGGCAGUGUUUCGGGUGUGCAAGAGAUUUUUCAUUGAAGAUUUGCCGUUGAAAAAGUGAGCUGAAACGCUCGUGCAUGUGACCUUGAUAUUAUGAUACAUCAUGGGUCAAUCUACAUUUUUACACUCACGUCCUAAUUUUUCUAGCUGAAACUGACGUGUUUUGGCGUCUCCGACCUUUGGUAUCGAAUGAAAUUUCAGUUGGCGGAAUCACUCUCGUCCGCCGAUUUGAGUUUUCCGUGGAAUUCCGCGGCGGAAGCAUUGCGCCGAACGCGGAUAAUCGUGCUAUCUGCUGGCGUUUCCUCUGAGCAAUGGUCUGAGAGAAAGUGACAAAUAGAAUGUUGCAUAAAAAUUAGUUUCCCUGAAGUAGGUCACGAUCGGUGUUGGACCUCACAUUGGGCAUUGUGGCACACUCGAGUUUGUUACCAUGAUAUAAUAAUUUCGUAAUCGGAAUCACCAAUCGAGGAAUUUUUCAAUUUUUAUACAAUUCCUGUCUACUCAUUGUUUAUCAACCCUGUUGUUUUAACUGUUAUCAGCAAGUGCUUUUAUCUGAUCAAUUCUGUGUGUUGGAACUUCACCUUUAAAUGUGUCUGAGCUUACGAUUAUGAUGAUUGUGUCAGCGGAAUUGAGGGAGAUUCUGAAGAAGAGGAUCAAGAUGGAGUGGAAUCAAAAGAACCUCUUUACCAUGCAAGGAGGCCUAUGAAUGCUUUUUUAAUAUUUUGCAAAAGGCAAAGAGCUGUCGUUAAGGAAAGAUUUCCUCAGCUAGAAAACAGAGCAGUAACCAAAAUUCUUGGAGAAUGGUGGGCAAACCUUGAAGAAGGGGAAAAAUCUUCCUACACAGAUCUAGCAAAACAGUAUCGGGAAGCUUUCUUGAAAGCCAAUCCUGGAUUUAAGUGGUAUAAAUUACCAGCCCCGACAUUGAGGCCUAUUAGUAACAGACUGAAACUUCUCCCAGACCUUAUUUCUCAUCAAGAUUCUAUCACUCCAGGGAAGCUUGCAGACGAGUCUCAACUUGGAGGACUUACCAGUCUACUUGUGCCUUACAAUAACAUGUCUGUUUCUCCCACCUUUGCCGUUCAAUGUGUACCAAAACCUCCCAAAAAGCGCUAUCUUGAGGAAAAUGCAACCUCUGAUGAUCUAAAUCAAAUUUUGGAUGAGAUGCCAAACAAAGUAGCACUUGAGUCGGAAGCUGUUCCUAGUUAUUCCGAAAAUGAUUCUAGUGCUAUAAAAGCAAUGGAGAUCGAACCGUUUGCAAAGUUACGUAAUUACUCAGUAACAGCCAAAGAAAACAUUGCUCAAGUGGAGAAUAAAGCUGAUGGAAAAAGUAUGUUGUUGCUGAGCAAUGGUUCUCUUGAAGCUUCGUCUAUUAAUAGUUGUUUAGUCGUUAAAAGUAAUAACAAUAGUUUUUCUUACACUUGUGAUAGAAGUAACCUCAAAGUCAAAUGUGAAGAAAUGGUUUUGGUAUCCGACAGGAGCAAGUCACCCAGUAAUCUCAAUUCUUCAACUUACAAUUCCUUGAACAAUAGCACUGAUGGUCCAAAUGUCAAAUGGAAAACAAAAUUUGAUAAAAUCAAGUCAAGACACUUGAAUUACAACAAUAAUAUCGUUAAUGAGACUUACGACUCCUUAAAGUGUUCAAGCUAUGAGUGCAAUUCAAAUCAAGACACCCUUCUGAACAAAGUGGUGAAUGGUAAUUUGAAAGUAGAACCCAGAGAUCUGGACAUAAAAAUUGAAGAUGCCUCGAUGAACGGAUUCCUCAUUCAGGCUGCUAGUAAGUUGGAUUGUUUCGGGACGGAGUGUAAAUCCUCAACCCAAAUCGCCCUUGACAGUGGAAAGUCAACAGUAUUGUCUCAAGCUUCCAGCAUGGCUCCUAAAUCAAGCCUCAAAAGCGAUCAAGUUUUCUUUCAUGAAAAUAAGUUACCGAAUACCAAAACUGCCGACAAGCCACUAAACAAACCACCUAUAGUGAGCGAUGCAUCUGACACGAACUUCAUGAGACGGAACAAGAGUGUUCGGGCUUGUAAAGGUGCUCGCUACCAGGAGUUUAUGUCCUCAAACCAAUUGGGCCGAAAACGGAGAAGGAAAAACACCCCAAACGACAGCAGAUAUGAAGGCCAUGAAGAAGAAGAAAUGCUGAAUCAUCGUUUGUCAAAGUCUGGCUUAGAAGAAUUCAAACCUGCCAAAGAAGAGAAGCAUUACGAAAAGAUGGAAAUUGAAUCCAUGAUCUACAAUAUCAAUGAUAAUCUAGAUCAAAGUAGUCUAAUCGCCAAUGACAUGUUCUUGACAAAUACAGCUGUGAACAAAUUCGCUCAUUCAAGGCCAGGCAAGCAAGUCAGGCCAACGAAGCCAAGGAAAAGCUUCACCGCACCAAAAUCCCACCUACCGGAUUCCCCUAGUGACAAUACGAAUGUUGACAAAGAAGACACCGGCACGAAUUUCAAUCUAGAGGAAAAAAUAGACGCCUUACCAGCUCUGAGCUUAGAAGAGUUUCAAGAGAAGAAGCGUUUGAAAACUAAAAAACAUUCCUCCUUGGAGAAUGGUCAAGAUGCUCUCUCAAACGGUGUUGAAAAACAACCACAGUUUCAGUGUGAAAGCCAUCCCAAACCUCUCAUCUGCAACACCAGCACCGGCUCAGAUAGCUGUAAUAGAAUAGUGAAUGCAGAAUCGAGGUCUAAAUCUGAAGGAGGCCCUAUAGAAAACAGUUCUAUUAUGAAUACCGUAAGCAAACAUGAAGCAAUGAAAUCUGUCAAUAAAGAGCUUUUAAACGCCUUUCUCUUCACCAGUGGUGGUGCAUCGUCCUCUUCAAAUGGAGUUAUGAGGGAUCAGAAAUCCUCCUUAUCAGGCACUGCUGAUGGCACAUUAGUUGGCAGUCGCAAAAGGAAAGCUCGUAGACAAAAAAUUACACAUUUGGAGCCUGGAUCAAAGAAAAAAGACACAUCAGUUGUGGAAGUGGACAUUCUGAAUGACAUGGGUCUCGCCACAUUGGCAGAAGUAGCAACCCUGUCCAGGAAAGAAAGUAUCCUCAAAAUCUCUUCUUAAGUAAAUACACUAACUUAAAUCAUAUUUCUUGCAUACACUAAAGUUUUUUUUGUUUUUCUAAAUAAUCCAGAAACUGUAUCUUUUCUAUGACUUUAUCAUAAAGUUAGAAACUUUUGCUUUUCUAAAAGUAAAUUUUCUUGUUUUGAAAGUUGUGUAAUCGACGGAAUUUCUAAAUCCCGUAAUUAUUAAUUGUCUACCCAAGCAUCGCUCUGGGUAGUUUGUGUAUAUUUUGUAGCUUUCUUGCAUCAAAGAAGGAAUUUUUACGUAAUUAAAGUCUGCAUUGUAAAUAUAGACACCAUGAAAGCCUCUUGCCUUCAUAAAAAAUUCCUAUUCAAGCAAUGAUUUUUUGCUUCCAAAGAACGUGCAUUGUUUUUACGAGUGCUUGUAUCAUAUGUAUUUAUUUCUAAAUCUUUAAUUAGGCUUUCUCUUCUCUUACGUUCUCUCUCACUUUUGAUUUCUGUUUCAUUUAUCCUCAAACUUUAAGUUUGUUUUUUUUUUUUUUACCGCUUUAUUUCUCUGUGUUCAAUGUGCUUUCUUUAAUUACUUUUAUUGUCCUUAGUAUUUGAUGAAAUAGCCUCAAUCUCCCCAUUAGCCAAAGGUAUUUAUCAUUGCAGCAAUGAACUAUGUAGGCUGCGUCUUAAAACGAGAAUUCCAAAAAUUAAAAAGAAAAAAUCAUUAUUGUAAACAAUUUUAGCACUGAAGGUAUGACUUUUAAAUAAUUUUAAAAAUGGAACACUAAAAAAUGUGUUCAUUUCUCUGUAUUCGAAUGAUUUUUUAUUUUUUUAAAAUUUAUUUCAUUUUAAAUUUUCUUGAUUCAAACCAGCCCCUCUAUCCAUAUUGUUGUUCACAAAGGACAGUCUAAUAAUCAAGAAGCACCCCAUGUUUUGGAAUAAUUUUGGCUUCGUAAAAUGAAUUCAAACUCCUAUAGGAAUUAUAGGUUUUAUCAUCGUGUCUGUAAGAAGUCAUUGAUUAGAUGUCAAAGGUUACAAUUACAGGUUUUCUGUUCACUUUUCAUAUUGAUUUAGAAAUACUAACGGAUGUUGCAAAACUAGAAUCUUUUCGUGGACUUUUAAUGGUGACUUCAACUCUAAGAAAAUGGCCGGCUAAAUCAUUCAGUAUUUCCACUGUGAAUAUUAUUGCUCAAAAUCUAAAGCUAAUUAAUGCAAUAUAUUGCAUGCCAGUUGGACAUGUUCAGACCUCUGGAGAAAUUAUCACAUUAUCACAUUUCUAAAUCCUCAUUUUUUUACCCUCCGGCCUAAGUUUCACGAGCGUUAUUUGUGCUUAGUUGCUAUGUUGCCAAACUCCUCAAACUUGUCCAUUUUUUUACGGAAAAAAUAACGAAUAGAAGCACUAAAAAAAACCUAAUAUUUCGUUUGCCGUCAAGAUUAAUCUCUGAAAUGUUCAUGAAACAGAAAAGGAUUCAAAGCAUUUCUAUAUCAAAUGCCUUUUGCUGUAACCGCUUUAAGGAGUUUAAAAAAACCCAGCAAUGUUGGAUUUGAAAUUUGUGAAAGUCCUUCAAAUUUUUGUCGAUAAACCAACUCUAUGGAUUACAAUGAUUAUUUCAGGCACUUUUCUAAAAGUGUAAUUGUUAUUGUUAUUAUUCACUAAGUGUAGAACUAUGGGUUCUGAAUAUUAUUUUUUGCUGUAGUCAUGAUCAAAGAUCGUAAUUUUCAAUUCAGUCCUAGAAAUUACAGUCAUUGAUUUUUUACCAUGAUUAUUGUUGCUGUAAUCAUACUUGUUAAUAUGCCAGUUAUAUUAUUGUUAAGAGUUGGUUUGAUAUCACUAAUUUUUUGUUUACGUUUGCUUUCAAAUAAUGAACUAAAAUGUUAUGACCGUCCCUUUCAGGUUUUUUUGUGGAAAAGGCCAUUGUGUUUUAUGUAAUAAAGGGUGUUUCAACCACAGAGAAAGUAACUAAGUGAAAGGGCCGUUUUUUAACUACCUGCAUGAUUACUCCGACAGUUGCUUGCUCUAUAAAGAAUGUUACUCUAAUGAUUGAAAAUAAAACAGGGGUAUUCAGGGAAAUCCGUGUCGGUAAAGCUAUUGACAUCUGCUUGUUUCAAAAUACUGACACACUCCAAUAAGGUUGCUCUUGUCAGACCCGGGCGGAUUAAUCAGAACUAUGCCAGCUCUAAGGAGAAGCAUCACUGCCUAUAGUGUGGCUGUUGUUCAGGUUGCGCGGCCUGUUAAACCGAUUAACAUGGCAGCAGCUCAUUUUUACCAGCUACGAAAGCUAUUGGUAAGGGUCUUCUUAUUGUUACUACCUUUUAAUAGAACUGUUUUGAUAGCUUACAGAAAACCGAUAGAACACCCCUAAUUAACACUUUGCUGCCCUUUUAUUGAUUUAUUUUAAUCCCUGAAGCCCAUUUAAAUGUAACUCAUUGAUGAAGACUGUUGAAUGCAAUAUGAAUAGAGUUCGAAUGAUUGCUCUAUAGGUGAAGCCAAUAAUGCUGCGAAACAAAGGCCUGGUCUUGAUAGUGCAACUGUUGGUGGAAUUAGAUGCAACUGUUGCAGGAACAAGGUGAUGAGCAAAAAUGUUUCAAUUAUACGUGAAACUGUCAAGGCCAGAAUCCUCGAACAUUGAACAGUUUUCUGUUAUUCGUUUCCUAUUGUUGCGGCUUCUCACCUUGAAAGUUUUACUUAUUGUUGAAAUAUUUUUGGUCCUUACCUCCUGCAACAAAAUCAGCACAAGUGCUCCAACCAACUCCUUCAUGAUUCAAAUCAGGUUUACUGUUGUUGAAAAAUUUCCUCCUGUAUUUUUAUCAUUGGAAUCAAGAAGCAUCUGUUACUUCAUUGAAUUGUAAUUGGUUACUAAUGAAAAAAUGACGUCUGUUGAUUAGACAGGAGCUAUAUCUUCCCCUUUGUUUUUCUAUUCUACAGGGUGACCUAAAAGUCCGAAACCACUAGCAGCAGAUGCCACCCCUGUAACUUUUGUUCAAAUUGAGGUAAGAGACUUUAAGUUUAGUAAGUGCGCCUCAGGCCAAGAGUAACAACUUUUGAGAACCCCCAAAAUUUUAAGGGGACCACCCUAAAGAGAGGCAAGAGCUCUAGGAUAUACAGGGGUGGUGCGGGACUUUUGGAUCACCCUCUAACAAUCUCUAGUCUGUAUUAUAAAUUUUAUAUCACUGUCUCGAUGGUAAAACAUCAGCAACUUGUUUGUAUGCUAUGACUGACUAAAAAUUAUGCCUUUAAAACUUUCCUUCUCAUAGGGUGAGUGUAAUUUUGAUCUUUGUAACCUCCUAAUUUUUUCCCCCUCAUUCUAAGCGGUUUCUGGUUUGUUAUUUUUAUCAACAUUUUUGUUGAGUAUGAUGUAAACAUUCUUGCUUUUUAUCGAUGAAAGCAAAUUUUUUACUUAGUCUUUGCUGGAUUGUAACUUGUGUUUUUGUUCUUCUCUUAAAAAUCCAGUCCUCAUCAAUUACCUAAGUAAGAUUUUGUCUAUUCGCCCGCUUGAUUUGAUUGCAAUGCAAGCGAGGUUGUCAGGCACCGCUAAAAUGUGGAUAUUCUACAAGAGUUUCGAUGGAGAAAAGCACUGAUUUUCCAGCAUUGUCUAGCAACAUUGAGGUGCAAUUGAGACUUUACUUUUGCUUGUGCUGAAUAAUUUGAAAUGGGUGAUAAAAAGUUAUUCAUUAAAAUAGACACUCACUUCUUGUAAAAAAGAGGAUUGAAAGACUGUUGGCUCUAUUUAAUGUGGAAGCUCAAUUUUUUAAUUAAUGUACAGUAUUUGCAUAUUUUGUGAUAAUUACGAUUUUUUUGCGACACUGAGAACUGCACGUCAAGUGAAGCUUAAUUUUUAGCAAGUUCUGUGAGAAAGCUUAGUUCAUCACAAAUCAAUAUUGGCAAACUAAGUUAAUUUUCCAAGGGAGCAUAUAAUUUUUUCUCCUUUUUUGCCAGUUUUCCCCCAUUAUCUAGUAUCUUUAUUUUCCUUCACAGGUAUCAUUUUGUAGGAAGCAAUUUAAUUUUUUUACUCAUCACUUGAUCACUUGCGAGCACUCGGUUUUCCUAAAAAGUUAGUGACAAGUGUAAGUUUAAUUGUACAUUGUCACUGUCUUGAAGGUCAUGUUACCUUUUUCUAUUUUUAAAUUUUACCUCUUACCUUAUACUAGGUAAGAUUGAGAGUAGAGUUAACUUAACUUGAGGGUAAAUUAUUUUCAUGGUUGCCAUUUUAUUUAUUUAUUUAUAUCUUAUCGUCACGAAAGACGAGAUAUCAGGACUAGUGAUGGUGCCCAUUUCCUUUUAUAUUCCACUUACUCAAAUCUUAUUUGGGCAUUGAUGAGCGAAAGUAAUUUGAACGAUUUUUUCUAUAACUUGAGUUGAGUCUUCUUUUACAAGAGAUUUCGAUGAAUCUAAUGUGGAGCUGAGAAUAUGGCUGAAUGCUACGUACUUCUGUCUACCUUUCUGGUGCUUGAAAGCUAAAUGUAACCACUUGCUAGACUUUGGGUAGAUUUUCUUCUCCGUUCUUGUGGUUAGCUAUUACACUUGCCUAAGCUGCAGCGAGAAUAAAAGAACGAAGCUUGAUUUCUCUUUUUCUCCCAUGGGAUGAAUAAUGUAUGUUACAUUCAUUAUUUAUGUUUAUAAAAUGCGGAAUUUCCACCAUGUUUGUCAAGCCUAGAAGACUAUGCCGAAAGAAAAGAAUUUCACCCACAGGCCUUGUUGUAAGAAGCUGUGAUUAUAUGUGGGCACACAUCUGAUGUAUUGUUAUUGCAAUCAAAGUUGAGAUUGACUCCCUCACUUUGAAGCUGAAGGAGAAUCUGAAUCAUUAGUAUUAAAGAUUGAAAAUAUUUUGUACUUUUGUAUAGCUGCCUUUCGUACUUGGUAUGAAGGUAGAUCUUGUUUUUCUUUUUGAAUACCACUGCCAUGAAUAUUGUUAAAAUGUGAGUUCAAGUAUGAAAAACCAACUGUAAAUUCAUAUUCCUGAAUUUCUCAGGAUGGGAUGCUGCUGUGACUAUGUAUUAAUUAAAGAUUAUAUUACAAAUUGAAUUCAUGUCAGAAAGUAGCUAGAACUGGACUCAUGUCAUAGUGAGAAAAAGAUUUUCAUCCACUUGAAUUUAGACUAUUCACUCAAGUUGAAAUUUCCUUAAUUAUAUACUGCAGCGGUUCUUGGAAUCUCUAUGAAAGUAAUCCUCUUUUUUAGAUCAAGGAAGCAUUUAAUCCUGACUUUUCUUCUUACUUGCAGAUGUGCAUGCACGAAAAUAUUAUUUCUUAUUGACAAGGGACUAUAUUUUUAAAGUCUCAAUUAUUUGUCAUUUUUUUUGUCCAACACUACUUCUAUCGACCAAAAGAUUUUAAGUGGUUAUUAAACAAAGACAGGAUUGUGAUUUUGUACAUUUUCGUAGAGAUGAUUUAAAGAUCUCUACCAAUUUAAGAAGUUUUUUAGGUUCCAACUAAUAGUUUUUUGUUAUCUUCCUCAUAUUUUUAUCGUAAGAUAUGCUAGCUCCUCAAAAUAUUUUGUCUAUAAUUAAAUAAUAAAAUUCUUUAAAUAAUAAA